UUAUUGAGUAAUACAGUAGAUGUGUUUUGGACGUUACGUGCAAUAAACCAAUCAGAGUCUCAUCUCCCAUUCCUUUUAAAAGCCAGUUGCACUCGUGUAACUGGUGUGAAAAGUUUAUUGAUUUAAUCUGACUUUUGUUUAUUUCCUUCUGUAUUUGUAUUAUUUUUAUCUUUUUCUUCUUCUCUUAAAUUGUUUUAUUAAUGCUUUAUAUUUGAAUACAUUUGUAAAAAAAAAAAAAAAAAAAAAAAAAAGUGAACUUUUGGUUUAGUGAACUUCACGAAAUUUUGUUCCUAUAUUAUCGUUCACAAGUUAUGUAAAAAUAACGCUAAAGUAGCGGAACUUUUCUUUGGGAAUUUGUUGGGGGAGGGAACGUUAUCAGUGGAACACACCUGCGGGGUUUCCUCUUGCACGACAUGCGAUUGCCUCAGUCUACUUGUGUAUGAGGCCGAUGACGCAUAUGAUUUUCGCUUCUCCCCAAAAAAUAUCCUGUGUGUACCAGAGUGGGAGAAGCUGUCGCCCCGUUGCUCCACUGAUUAUUUUCCCUAAUUACAGAUACAUUGCUGAAUCUCAUCAAGUGGUCGUGUGGUCCUUGUGUGUGUGAGAGAGAGUGACCGGUCCAGACACGCUACAUAAUUUGGUGCCAUGACCCGGAUUCGAACCGGGGUUGCUGCGGCCGAUCGCUGGGGUUUGACAACGCUGGAUCACAAUGCUUCUGCAACCGACGGACGAAAGAUCUUCAUUGUUGACGUUCUAGUGGCGGUGUCUGGACAUUGAACUGAACUGAGUAACUGAACUCUCGUUCCACAUUACGCACACAUUGGACUUUGCACGUUUCGCACAUUGAACUGUGUUCCGUUUUUUUUUGUUUUUUUUCCUCAUUUCUGCUUGUUUAAGCAUACAGUAAUUGCAAGGUACCUUAAUUUUUUCUUGUUUAUGCUUUUCAUUAUCUAAAAUUCGCAAUAUGGCAGAAGGGGGAUGGAACGAAGAUUUAGUGACAACACACAUUGGCAGGGGGCGUGGGUUGUUUGGGGUAUCCGAGCCUGUAGUCGGCAAACCACGCAUCUUGGUCUAUGAUUCUGUGACUGAUCCGACUGUGCUUAAUAAUGAGUCGAGUAAGCCAAAGUCUUCCACCCCUGCCAAUGCUGGUCCUGACAACGUUACGCAGCAACUACGCGACCUUAUUGGUGAGCUCGGAAGCCAGAUAGGUGACUCCAUUGUCACACGGUUGUUAACAAACCAGACUUCAGCAUCACCUGGUUCCGUUCCAUCGUUUGAGCAGCAACCCUCUAGCACAAUGCCCAUGUCUACGAGCCUUGAUCUGUCUAAAUUAAACCUCAUAGUCAAAGCUGACAUUAAAGAACCACAAAUGUUCAGAGGGGACGGUAGCGACAAAUGUUCCAUCCUAGAGUGGAUUGAACAGAUGAAUGUAUAUUUGUCCAAAAAGGGUUGCGGCAAAGCCGACGGGGUAGAAGAAAUACUGAACCAUCUCUGUGGCCGUGCAAAGAGCAUUGUCAAGGUUAAGCUAAAAAGUAGCCCAGUUGCUGUACUUAGCCCUGAAGUUGUUUAUGAGGUACUGCAGCGCUAUUUUAGUGAGAGCCCUGGCUCGUGCCAGCCGCUAGCCGAUUUUUAUGCAACCCAGCCGAAGCUUAACGAGCACCCUGUUGACUAUUGGGUCAGGUUAAAUGAGGCGGCUGAGCUAGCAGAUGCUCACCUGCAAAGAUGUGGUAUCAAGAUGAAAAAUAUGAGCUCAGAGAUUGCAAUGAUGUUUAUCAGGAACUGUCCCAAACCCAUAAGCAAAUGGUCAGCUGAGGAGGUCCAAGAGGCCAUUGACGAGCAUGAGAGAGACUUUAAGUCACGAAAGCCGCUUCCAUCUGCGCCCAAAGUUACAGUAAAUCAGGCUGUUGUUGCCGAAAAGCCCAUUAGCAUGCAGGUAGCAGUAGGAAGCGAAAGUGUAGGUGUAACCUCUGCUGCGUGUAUUGCAAGCCCACACCCUAAAACAAGUGAAACCACAGAAUUGGGCACUUUAGAGCGUGUACUGAAAAUGCUAGAAAGGGUGUUGGAAUGCACAACUCUACCUGUUUCAGAACCAAAGCCUUGUACGUCACCGUGGUAUUGAACAUCCCCGUGUGCAGUGUGCGGAGACCGAUCUCAUUCAACCCGUUCACACUGUAUGAGAGAAAGAAGAUGCCUUGAUUGUUUAAAGUUUGGACAUCAACGUAAACAGUGUCACAGAGUUGUUGGCCAAGGUGUGGCCCAGACCAGUGACGGUCAGGGAAACUAGAUCACUCACACUGGGGAGAGGGCAGUGUGAGUGUUGAGAGUCAGCCUCUCACCAGCGAAGAUGAUCCGAUGGUCGUCUAUAGCAACCAUUGUCAGGUUGAGUCAAGUGGCAGUAUCAUUUUGUUCCAAGACAUCACGAAGCUGGAAAAAGCUGACAGUUUGUUUUAUACCGAUGUGUUGGUGAAUGAUACAGUCAUUUGCCAAGGCCUGUUAGACACGGGUUCUAUGGCAUGUACUAUUAAUGAGGAAAUCGAGCGCAAGUUGAUGGAUACAUGCGGGAUUCUUGAGUCUGGGCAGCCCCAUGCUGAUGUUUUGCUUGUAGGGUGUGGCGGUGUUCGGGUCAAACCCAAGUGUAUCCACCAGCUAAAGAUGUGUGUGUAUGGAUUCUCAGUCGUUGUGCCUACCCUGGUUGUACCAGGGCAAAAAGACCAGUUAAUUGUUGAUACUAACGUCAUCAAGUAUGUUCUCAGUCAACUUAAGCAGUCCCAAAGCUAUUGGCGCGUUAUGAACCAGCCAAACGCAACAGGAGAACCAGAAAUUCAGUGGUUUUUGAAUAUGCUUUCUGGGCAUGACAGAUGGGAAGGUGGUAGCAUCCCAACCGUUGUCGUUACCGCUAAGCUCACUCAAGCUGUCACGCUUUUACCUCAACAAGAGCACCUUGUGUGGGGCAGACUCCCGACCAGUUCCAUCAUUUCUGUGGGUAGUACUGUGUUAGUUGAGCCAUCUAAGGCACAUACUCAUAAGAAAGGUGUUCUUGUCGGGCGUGUUAUAACCACAUUGCCUGGUGACAGAUGGGUGCCGAUUAAGUUGAUUAACCCAUCCAAUAAACCUGUCACUUUGAGACGUAACACUAAAAUAGCAGACGUAUCUCCUGUUUUAGCAGUUGAAGACCUGGACGUGCAGACCGAACACUGUGAUGGGGAGAAUGUGAACAUGCAGAGCCAAUCCGUCUCCUCUAGCACAGACGCAGGGGUUAGUUCUCUCUUUGGUAUUCGUGACACACUGCGGAAGCUCGGUCUCAGUGAUCUUGACAUUGAGUCCUGCGAGGUGACUCCAUAUUGGAAAGACCAGCUUCUGCAGUUGAUUCAAAGACAUCAAGAUGUGUUUUCUAAACAUAAGCUAGACUGUGGCAAGGCCAAAGAGUUUGUCCAUAGGAUCCAUCUGUCUGAUAACCGGCCGUUUAGACUUCUGUAUCGGCGUGUCCCUCCAGCUCAGUAUCAGACACUGAGAAAAGUGCUCUCGGAUAUGGAAGAGCAAGAGAUUAUCCGAAAGUCUUGUAGUGAAUGGGCAUCUCCGCUGGUCCUGGUAUGGAAGAAAAGCGGUGAUCUUCGUGUUUGCGUUGAUUACUGCUGGCUUAAUGCCCGGACCAUCAAGGACGCUCACCCCUUACCUCACCAAGCAGACUGCUUGGCGGCCUUGGGCGGAAACGCGAUCUUUAGCGCGAUGGAUCUCACUUCCGGCUUUUAUAAUAUCGCAAUGGCCGAGGAGGACAAAAAGCUUACGGCCUUCACAAUGCCGAUGGGGCUGUUUGAGUUUAAUCGGUUACCGCAAGGGUUGUGCAAUAGUCCCGCCAGUUUUAUGCGCCUAAUGACGAACAUCUUCGGCGAUCAAAACUUCCUGACGUUGCUUUGCUAUCUGGCUGACCUACUCGUGUACGCCCCAGACGAGGGCGAGGCUAUAAAGAGGCUUGGGUUAGUGUUCAGUAGGCUCAGAGAGCAUGGGCUAAAGUUAGCGCCUAAAAAUGUCAUUUCCUCCAGAGGGGUGUGCGGUUUUUAGGGCAUGUCAUUGACAGUUCAGGGGUAGCGACUGACCCAGAUAAGGUCAGCGCUAUUGGGGCAGUGACGGAGUCUGAUUUAAUGAUGGAGGAUGGGGUAACCCCAUCCCAAAGAAAGAUCAAAUCGUUCCUUGGUAUGGUGCUGUAUUACCAGAGGUUCAUCCAAAAUUGCUCCACCAUCGCGAAACCUCUGUUUGCUUUGACAGCUGCGCCAAGGGGCAAGAAGUCUCCGGAGAAGGGUACUGCUGCGUUCAGAAAGUUGAGUCCUGGUGACUGGAAGGAGGAGCACAGUAGGGCCUUCCAGCAGUUAAAAGCUGCUCUGAUCAAUUCAGUGGUACUCACACAUCCUGAUUUUGGUCGCCCAUUUAUUUUGUCCACUGACGCGUCCAUGGAUGGUUUGGGGGCCGUACAAAGCCCUUACGCACGCUCAGGCGAAGUAUCCUGCUCACCGCUUAGAGUUUUUGGCUUUGAAGUGGUCCGUCUGCGACAAAUUCAGCCACUGGCUGAAAGGCCAUGAAUUUGUUGUUUGGACGGACAAUAAUCCCUUAACUUACAUCCUUACAAAGCCUAAACUCUGGAACUGUCGUUUCAGCAUCAAGUAUAUACCUGGCAGCAAGAACGUUGUGGCUGAUGCUUUAAGUCGUCAACCCUUUGUCCAUAACCGGGUCAGUCAGAGGUUGCUGAACGAGCCUUACAGUGCGUUGCUUAAGGAAGCAGAGCAAUUUGAGAGAGACACAGUGAAGGACGCAUUCAGGCUUAGUGCUGGUAUCCAGAGCGCUGAAUUUCCUCCUUGUGUAACACCAAGUCGUUGUCCACUUUCCAGUGCCGAGGUGUCUGCAGUGUUGGAGGGUCACAGUGACUGGGAAGCAGGAGUUGAGUCAAGGGCAAUCUCCUGGAUUGCCCAAGACACCCAACAUUUAUUGCCUCCUGGGCAGUGCCCAUUACCAGUCUUCUCCUUAGACGAGCUUCGAGACAGACAACAAAACGACCCUUGCCUGUUGUGAGGGACCGGGAAGCCAAGGACAAGGAACACCAGCUAUUUACUAGAAAAAUGGGUUUUUUAUUUGAACCCAAAAAAAGAAAAUCAACUUUAUAAACUCAUAAUCUUUUACAACACAACAAAAUAGAAAAAAAUAAAAACAAAAAAAUAAACUCAAACUAUUCAGAAAACAAAAGCAACAAACUAAAGCUGACUUGACGUAAUGAACAAAGCAACAACUUAUAAAGGAAAGGAUGGGCCCAUUACAAAUUAAGAGGAAAACAAACGAAACUUUACACUUAACAUAAAACAUCAAAUAAAUCAAAUAGAAUCAUACAAAGAAAUACAUCAAAUCAAAAUAAAGAAAAACAAAAUGCAAAUCAAAUACAGCAAAUGUACAACUACAUAAAUCAAUUAAUAAAAAAACAACAGCGUUUCCUUCUCCCCCGGGCAACUUCAGCGAAUGGAAAAUCCGGGCGGAACUAAUAGCGCUUAAAUGCCCUGUUCUGGCCGGACUCCAAUUUUCGUGACACCAGGAUGCGGCCGCAGCAGACCAUGUUGAAAGAUCGCCACACGUCAACGGUAAACUUAAACUCAAAAUCUAGAAACAAAUAUAAAUAACAGAUACAAUGCAACUAAUUUGUGUGCACUCCAAAUCAGCAGCAAUGUAUAUAAAAAUAUGUUAUAAAUGUAAUUAUAUGCAAACCAAAUAAAGAAUGAACGAAUAUUGUUUGUUUUGUGUAGUUAUUAAAAGCAAUUAUACUGAAACCAAAAUGUGAACAAAUAAGAUAAACAAAAAUUAACCUUAAAUGUAUAAACAGGUCUUCCAUGUAAACGUGUACAUGAAUGCUUGCAUGUAACUGUGUGUGUGCGCGUGUG